UCGCAUUUUGAGCAAGCUAUCACUCCGUAGCCAACCUUCGAAGAGGACGAUCACCACCGCACUGCAAUGAAAGUUCUGAUUUUGGUUCUCUGCUGCCUUUCGGCAUGCCUGGCCGACUACAGCAAGCAGGAGAUUAAGGCGGUCAUGAAAGCCGGCAAGCAGUGCAUGAAGGAACUUUCCAUCCCGAACGACGACGACGUCAUCGAACGAGUCCUGUACAAUCGAGGUGCCAAACAGACCGACAUGGAGUACAUGGUUUGUGCCAUGAAAAAGCUCGAGCUGAUGGACUCCGAGGGGAACAUCCUGCCGGAGCCAAUCGUGCAGUUCUUGGCGGAUAAGUAUGACACCGACAAGGUUCGUCGUCUCGUGACCAAAUGCGUCAAGCAAAAGGGCGAUGUUCUCGAACGGACCUGGAAGUACUACCAGUGCUUUUUCAAUCAGAUGGAUUUUGAACUGUAAUGUGCAUUUAAUGAGCCAAUUUAUUUGUUUAAAGUUAUCAUGGUG